AUGCAGUCAGAAAGGAACCUCGACCUGGAGGCACAUCGACCAAGAAGCGCCGCACAGCCACAGCAUCAAAUGACCCACCAUCCUCUGUUCGCCGAGCAAUAUAUGAGGAGCUUUGCAGGAAACUCUGGUGUAGCAAGUGCACACGGCAUUGCUACCACCACCCAGAUGCAGAGUAUCAUCAUUUGCAUGUCAGCAACGAAGCACUUGCAAUCUGGUGCCUCACCUCUCAAACCUCAACAAAAUGGUCACCACUCCCGGAAGCGCUCACGUUCGGCCACCCCACCAUCUCCCUCCCCAAUGCUGAUGAAGCGCAGGAAAGUUUCUGUGGACACUAUGCAUGAUAAACGAGGGCUCUCAGGGAAUGUGCAAAGGGCCAAUCAACCUCCAAGUCACAUUCAGAAAGCACCAGUGGUGCUUGUUCCAGCAACUCCAGAGAAGACUGGUCCACGCAUUGUAGAGCUCUCACCCAGCCCCAUCAGGCGAGCCUCAACAUCACAGUGCACUACCAUUCCCCAAACCUCAACGAGCCAAAAUCAGGGUCUCACUGCAUCCCACUCUCGCGUGCAACACAGUGGCAAGCUCGGCAUUCCGGACUCACCCACAUCCAUUUCCGUUAUUGAAAUAUCCUUGGAUACAAGCUCUCCGAACACACAUGCUACUCUGCAACUUCCACCAGUGAUGCAUAUCGAUUUGGACUCAGACUCGGGAUUUGACGAGGAAUUGUGUGAAGUUAGUCAGGAUGAAAAGCCCAAUGAUGAGCUGGAUUGGGACCUGUUUUGA